AUCGUUCCUGUUGAUAUUUAGUAUCUACAAAUUAUUACUAACGUACAAACUUCUGCAGACUUCCUUAUUUACUGAAAAAUGGUAAAACACUUGGAAGCUGAGACACUAAAUGGCGUGCGGUAUGGCAAUUUGGACGAGAUUUCCAGAUGCAUGCACUUGAGCGACUUCACUCGCUGCUACAGGAAAUCGACUCUAAUUCCUCACCGACUCGGCAGCAAAGUUGUUGAUACUGACAGCGUGGACUCGGUUUUGUGGUUCGCUCCCGCUCUGCCACCUGAGGAACACAACAUGUACGGGAACGUUAGCUUCACGAUCUCAAUGUGCGAACUUAACGCAAGGUUCUCAUUCAAUUUCUACUACAUUGACCGCAUUGAGUUUGCUACCCACACUUCGACGCGGGUGCUGUUCACUGAGCAUGAUUAUGACAACGUCUUCGAAGUGGUAGACUUCAAGGAGUACGGUUCUCCUUUGAAACGAUCGCGUUGGAGGCACGCAAUACAGUGCGAGUCUGGACACAGCUACGAACACGAUCACCGAGUCGAAAUCGCCAUUGAAGCUGAUAAGGAAAAUCGGGAUUGGCUUUUUAGAAAUUGCAAGCUGAUUGCUAAUAAUCACUCCUCUGCCAACACUCCUACACAUAGUAAAAAAAGACCAUACGAAAAAUCAUACUGUCAUCGUCAUAAUUUUUUUGGAGAUCACUGCCCGUCGGAUUUCUCGACUAAGCAGACCAGAAAACUUGUGCUCUCUCAAUACAAAAAGAAAUACAUCUUCUAACAUGGAAGUAAAAUAUUAUUCAGAAAUUAUAACACAUGGUUAACGUCUCUACCUUAAGGAUCCUCAUUACAACUCAUAUAUACAAGGAAAUUUAAUGGUCUUUCGUUACGAAAAAAGUCCGUAAUGCGUUAUUUCGAAAGUGGUGCUCAAACCUCUAUAUACUACAUUUUCCUUCUAGCUAGCAUUGAGUGAUGUUAGGCCAACCUUCUAGAAAUGUAAUGUAGAUUUACCUUAAGCUCAAUUAUUUUUUUAUUUGACAGUAUGAAAUUGCCGCCGAAGUUAUGCUGACUUUCAGGAUAUGUAGCUUUUCUUCAAAACGCCUUAUGCUCAUUUUAUUUUCGAAAUUAUAAAUUUGCGCAUUACUUAUAUGAAUAAAAGAAUCCGAAAUUCGUAUUCUAUGCAUUGUAUAACAGUUUUUUCAUAUUUUUUUCAGUUGCACAAGUUGAUGUUUCUAUCACUCUUAAAAUGGCAUUCAGUUAACAUAUUGUUUGUGCCAUUUUUAGCAAAUCCAUCUUAUCUAUUUUUGAUAUUUUCAAACAGAUUUAAGUCAAUUUUAUUUAUGAAAGAGGAAUUCCAUUUUGCUCUCCCUUCUGUAGAUUUAUUUUGCUCUCAGCAAUUACUAUCCGUUCAUUAACUCAACCUGUACGCAAUUGCAUUUGGUGUAAUUCCGUUUUGUUUGUUAUUUUUUAUUACCGAUGUUGGUCUGCCCUUUUGGUAAACAAAGGAAUAUUGCCAAUUCAUUAUGUCGUACAAAGUACUUGAUGAUCCCCCACACAUAGUUUCAAGCAGCCGUUAAAACUAUGAUUUGACUUUUUUCAGUUAAAAUUGACUUUAUUGCCAAGGCGGGUAAAUUCGGUCAAGAAUCGAUUCACACUGGAAGUAUUUUGGAGUUUAAAAUUUGAGUUCAUUUAGUUCCAUUUAUUCUGUUCAUACAUAUAGUUAUUUUUCAAACAGGCUAGUGGAUUUUAGCACGAAUUGUUCGUUAUAAAACUUUGUUGAAAUGUUGCUGCAUGUGCAAUGUUCGUUCAAAUUUUGUGCAUAUUUCCUUCCAUAUCAUUCCGUUAUUUAUAACCCACCUUUAGUUUGAUAUCUCAAGAAGCGUAAAUGUUUAAGUAAAUUUCCAAACACAAGGAAUCAUUCACCCAAUCAUCAAAAUCAUUUCUUGUUCUCAACGCACCAGAAUAACGCAAGCAGCUAUAAUUAAUCGUUCUUAUCGGUCUAUACGUCGCAUUCAGGGCUCCCCCGUAUCGCGAAAACCUUGAGUCGAAAUUCACGGGAGCGAUAUAUUCAGUCUUCGGGAACAGGAUUCAAUGUAAGUAAAAAUGUCUGAAGAGCCUUGAUAAAAAUAAUUCGUACUCAAGGGUGUAGUUCCUACGAUUAAAUCGGAAUUUUUUAAUAUAUGUUCUCGUAACUUAAUUUGCCAACAUAUUACUGAUUUUUUAAAAGAAUUUAGGAAUCGAUUCUUGGUCUCCCUGCGGACACUCGAUCAGCUUUAUUAUUUGAAUUCCUAUUAUAACAAUUGUUAUAGAUGGUUCUGUUCCAAGGAAUGACGCCCGGGGCAAAAGUGGCUUUGAGAAGGAGCACCAACAUGUCUAAAUGCCCUAAGGCUGUGAGCUAGCGAGGAUAUUUUAAGUUUAAACUGCAUUUACCGUAUUUCUGUGCUUCUUCAUUAUUUUUAAAUUGCAAGAAAUGUUGGUAGCGAAACAUUACAGAAUCGCCCAAGGACGCAGCUAGUAUACUACCUUGUAGAAGAUAGGAAAUAAUUUGGAUCGUAUUGCUCAUGUUCACUUCCCUUGCAUUGUAAUGCUAGUCGUGUUGUACAGAGUUUUAAUAAAUGGAUUUGAUACCAUGUCUCAACCUCUUAAUUCUCAAUAGUUAACAUUGAAUCGUGCCGAUCAAAAGUCAUCAAAU